CCUCAACAGGCGGGUCCCAUGCAAUCCGCGCAUGCGCCUGUCGGAGAGCCGCGAGUGGCCGCCAAAGACGAAGCGCGACGUGGCGCGGGAGGUCACGUGGGGGUCGUGCUCAAGCCCCGCCCCCCGGGUAGAUCGCGACCGAGGCGAUGGCGGUCAGCACUAAGUCCUCGCUUGUGCUCUCAUCCCUCCUCACCCUCCUGCUCUUUGCCGGGAUGCAGAUGUAUAGUCGGCAGCUGGCUUCUUCUGAGUGGCUGACCAUAUUGGGUGGAUUCCUGGGGUCGGUCCUCUUCAUCUUCUCCCUGACUGCCUUCAACAACUUGGAGAGUGUGGUGUUUGGCAAAGGAUUCCAGGCAAAGAUAUUCCCUGAAAUCACGCUGUGCCUGCUGCUGUCCCUGUUCGCCUCCGCACUGAUCCACAGAGUCUGCGUCACCACCUGCUUCAUCUUUUCCAUGUUGGGUCUGUACUACCUGAAUCGGCUAUCGGCGGCCCUCUACCAGGUGGCCCCCCCACCCCCAGUCAUCCCCAAAGCACCCAAGAAGAAGAAGAACUGAGCCUGGUGCUGGGGAGUGGGAGCAGGGUGGGGGAGGGAAGGGGGCGCAGGAACACAUCGUUCCUUCCAAGACCCUGGUUGGUCCCCGCUGUUACUGUCCUUGCUGGAAUAAAGAACGGUUUAAUUUGUC